UGCUCCUCCCGGAUCCCCGCGGCAAAUCAGAGUUUGAAUUUCGAAAGGUUGUUUUAGCAAGCUAGUUAGUUAAUUUGCUUCAGGCUAGCCUGCAAACCAAGAAAUGCCAUCCUUUGCUAAAGAUACGUUGCUAUGUGAAUAAUAGAACUGAAAGAUCCUUUUUAAAAACCACAAAACAAGAACAAAAACCACCACAUCAAAACUAUGGCUCAUCUUGUAGUUUAUCGGGAAACGAUCAUAGGGCAAGAAAACCAGUCAGGCAAUGGAGAAGACAAGACUCUGAGUAUUGGGAAGCACUCAAGAGGACCUGCUGAAGCAAAGCAGUUUGGAGCCAUCGGUACAGAAAACAAGAGAAGAGCUCUUGGCUCAAUAUCAAACACACAUACCCAGAGCAGUGGAUAUGGAAACAACCUGGGGGAGCUGUUGACCCACAAGACCACACUACAAGCAAAUGUUCAGUGCACAGUACCCACAAACUUUGAAGGCCUUCUACCAUCAAUCUCCAGUGGUCUACUGAGUGGCCAUGGGGGUAGGAAGAUCAGUACCGAUGUGUCUAACACCUCCUUUCUGUCCAACAGCCUGCUCUCAUUCGGAUCUCCAGGAGGUUCGUUUGGCUCUCCGAUGAUGCUCUCUCCUAGUGGGUGUGGCCCUCGUGAGGAAGUGGUGGAUGUGGAUUUAAUGGGCGACUGCUCUGCUACAAGAGAGUAUGCGAAGGACAUUUUCAUAUAUCUCAGAGAAGCUGAGGUUCGGUUUAAACCCAAGGCUAACUACAUUGCCAGGCAGCCUGAUAUCUCACAAGGUAUGCGGUGUAUUCUAGUGGACUGGCUGGUGGAGGUGUGUGAUGAGUUCAAGCUGGAUCAACAGACCCUCUAUCUGGGAGUGUCCAUUGUGGACAGGUUUCUCUCUGCGAUGUCUGUACUUCGCUCCAAGCUGCAGCUGGUGGGAGCAUCCAGUAUGUUCCUGGCUGCCAAGUUUGAGGAAAUCUACCCGCCAGAAGUUGGCGACUUUGUCUAUAUCACGGACGACACCUACACAAAGAUACAGAUAGCGCGAAUGGAAGCUAUCGUUUUGAAGGCCCUGGACUUCAACCUGCUGUCCCCCACUGCCCAUACCUUCCUGCAGCGCUACCUCAGGGUCUCAGAGGUUGAGCAGGAUCACUCUGGUCUCACUGGUCUGGUGGGGAGUAGCCCCAGUAAAGCCAAGCAGCAGUGUUCAUCACUAGCCAUGUACCUGUGUGAGCUGGCCCUGUUGAAUGGAGACCCCUAUCUCAAAUACACCCCCUCAGUGAUCGCCGCCUCCUCUCUCUGUCUCGCUAGACACACUCUACAGCAGCAGGCAUGGACGCGGUCUCUCCAGCACUACUCUGGCUACAGUGUGUCUGACGUCAGCAACUGUGUGCAGGACCUCCAUCGAACCUUUGCCAUGGCCCCUGCCCACCCCCAGCAGGCCAUUCAACUCAAGUACAACACUGACAAGUACCACACGAUCUCAUCUCUCAAGGCCCCUGAAACAUUGCCCUGCUAACUGAAUUGACACCAGACUUUUGCUUCACUAUUUUUGUAUGUUCCCUCACAAAUAAUUACUUUUUUUAGAGCCAGAGACACUAUUUCAAUGGAUCAGCACACCUAUUUUAUCCCAGCACUUCUUUUGUUCCUGUGUGAAUUGCAAUUUGGCAUUCUUGUGGUUUAUUUAUGCAUUCCAUUCAAUGAUUAUUUUAACCUCGAA